AUGGAGCACGAAGAAGAGGGCCGAGGGCACAACGAUGUGCUCUUCGUUUCGACCACCACGCAUCUCGACGCACCAUUCCUUGCAGGAACAGGAGGAGCGCCGGUUCAGGCCGAUGACACCGAAGUGCAAGAAGACGGUGGCGAUGAGGACGCACUGCGGUGGGUUCUCGACACGCGAUACUACACGGCCGAGUUGCAGCUCGUGCGGGUGCGUCACGCCGAAGACGCGGCCGCCAACGUCGAAGCUUCGGUCCAGGCCAAGCUGCCUCGAGGCGCGUGCGAUGCGUUCCUUCUGCUCUGCGACGCGGCCGAGGCAGGGACUAGCGCCAAGCUGCAGAGGUGGCAGGCCAUGCUCGAGGAACUGGCGCCCGCGGUGCAGCUCUGCGUCGCCCAUGCGGGACCGAACCAGGAGCAGCACCAAGCCAACGUGCGCGCGAUCGAGGAGUGGUGCAACGAAAACGCAGUAGAGCUGGUCCUCUGGAAUCCCCUCGAUGAGGGCAGCGGCGUCGGCGAGGCCUCGCCGGGCGGCUUGCUGAGCGAGAGGCACGGCCUGGACCGAGUGUUGGAAGCUCUAGAGGCGAACAUGUGGCCCGCCAUGACCAUGAAGCCGCGCACCGGCUUCCUUCGACCCAUCAGUUUGCCCGACGAAGAGAGCGUACACGAGAGCGAAGGCGAUGAUGACGAGGAAGCGGGGGAGAAGGAGACGGUCGUGCCAUCAGAGACGCAGCAGCAACAGCAGCUUGAGACCAAGCAGAAGGGAGAAGAAGAGAUGAUGAAGAAGGUGAAUGAGCGAAAAGAGGCACCAGCAGGCCCUGAGCCAACGAAUAAGGAAGACGCGGAGGAGGAGUGGACAGACGACGUCGAGGAGCACUUCGACAAGGCCUUCAAGCAGCUGGCGGGCCUGCGGGAGGCGCGACAGCAAUCGGCGCAGAUGAGCGACCAGCAGCGGCGCGACUUUGCCGCCGACGCCGCGUUGGCGCUCGCCCGCGCCUUCGGCCUCGACCUCGAGAACGACUCCUCCGACAGCGAUUGA